UGUUGACGUUUUAUUUGAAUUUUUAGGAAGGAUUAGGUUCCAAUAUUGCCGAAAGUAUUGCAAGCGGUACACAAAUGGCUAUAGAUCAUUGUCAGUCUUUGUUCCAAUGGGAGAGAUGGAAUUGUCCCAAAUCAACUUUUAACAGACAACAGAGAUUAAUCUCCACCAAAGAAACAGCUUUCUCCAAAGCCAUUAUAGCUGCAGGCAUCGCCCAUUCUAUAACCAAAAACUGUUCACAAGGGCAAAUCGAAGGAUGCAAAUGUCAAAAUACUGAUAAAUUUCCUAUUGAUCAACAGUUAAAGUACAAAAAUCAUCAAGAAAAAAUAAAGACACUUUCUGGAGAUGUACGGAUAAAAAAGGAAGUUACUGAAAAUGUUACUAAAGGUGUUAAUAAUGAUAAAAACGUUGAAUGGAGAUGGGGAGGUUGCUCGGAUAAUCCAAUGUUUGCAUCACAGAUUACUGAAAAAAUUAUUGAUUCCAUGGAAACUGGUAUUGAUGUUCCUGCCUACAUUUCUAGACAUAAUGCUAAAGUUGGUAUUAAGAUAAUUCAAAGUUCGAUGAGAAGAAAAUGCAGAUGUCACGGAAUCUCGGGCAGUUGUACGACGCAAACUUGUUGGAUACAAGUAGCUCCGUUCGAGGAAAUAUCCAGAAAAUUAAAAGAUUUGCACAGGAAAUCCGUUAGGGUGACUCACAGCGCUGUGGAAAAGUCGAUAAUUAUUGGAAAUUCAGCCAGUGAUGUUUUGGUGCAAGUCAAAGAAAUACCUGGAACUGAAAACAGGCUGAUUUAUAUGGUUAGAUCACCCGAUUAUUGUGUCACGAAUUUUACUGAAGGCUACCUCGGCACCAAAGGUCGCAUGUGCUCUAGGAACCGGUCUAACGUUACAAAAAUGGAGAAAAAUAGUUGCAGAAAUGUAUGCAAGAAAUGCGGACAUACUGUAAAGAGGAUGCAAAAAAAAGUGGCCAGACGAUGUAACUGUAAAUUUUCUUGGUGUUGCGAAGUCAAAUGUGAUACUUGCCAUGAAGUUGUUAACGAGCAUUUUUGCAUAUAAAAAAUAUAUUAAUAUUCAAGAUAAUUUAAUACAGAUUCAGCUUUUAUAUAAAAUUAAACAUCCUGAUAGGUGAUAGA